GGCAGCGUGGGCAGAGGACUCGGAAAGUGCUCCGGCUGGAGUUGGGGCUGGGGCUUGGGUCGGCCGCCAUGAAGCGGGACGUCCGCAUCCUGCUGCUGGGCGAGGCCCAGGUGGGGAAGACGUCUCUGAUCUUGUCGCUGGUGGGCGAGGAGUUCCCCGAAGAGGUGCCUCCCCGGGCGGAAGAGAUCACCAUCCCCGCGGACGUCACCCCCGAGAAGGUGCCCACGCACAUCGUGGAUUCCUCAGAAGCUGAGCAGACGGUGGAGGAGCUGCAGGACGAGAUUAACAAGGCCAAUGUGGUGUGUGUGGUGUACGACGUGUCCGAGGAGGCCACCAUUGAGAAGAUCCGAACCAAAUGGAUCCCACUGGUGAAUGGAGGGACAGAGAAGGGGCCCAGGGUCCCCAUCAUCCUGGUGGGCAACAAAUCGGACUUGCGGCCAGGGAGCUCCAUGGAGGCCGUGCUGCCCAUCAUGAGUCAGUUCCCUGAGAUUGAGACCUGUGUGGAGUGCUCGGCCCGGAACCUGAGGAACAUCUCGGAGCUCUUCUACUACGCACAGAAGGCCGUGCUGCACCCCACAGCUCCCCUCUAUGACCCUGAGGCCAAGCAGCUGAAGCCCGCGUGCACCCAGGCCCUCACACGCAUCUUCAGGCUCUCAGACCAGGACCUGGACCAGGCGCUCAGUGAUGAGGAGCUCAACGCUUUCCAGAAAUGCUGUUUUGGGCAUCCCCUGGCCCCACAAGCCCUGGAGGAUGUCAAGAUGGUGGUGCGCAAGAACGUGGCAGGCGGGGUGCGGGAUGACCGGCUGACCCUGGACGGCUUCCUCUUCCUGAACACACUCUUCAUCCAGCGUGGCCGCCAUGAGACCACGUGGACCAUCCUGCGGCGCUUCGGCUACGGCGACACGCUCGAGCUGUCCGCUGACUACCUCUUCCCUCUGCUUCAUGUGCCCCCUGGCUGCAGCACCGAGCUCAACCACUUUGGCUACCAGUUUGUGCAGAGGGUGUUUGAGAAGCAUGACCAGGACCAUGAUGGAGCCCUCUCGCUGGCGGAGCUGCAGGACCUAUUCAGUGUGUCCCCAGCACCCCCUUGGGGCCCUCAGUUCCUGCAAGAAGUCCGAACCGAAGCAGGUCGGCUGCCCCUGCACGGGUACCUCUGCCAGUGGACUCUGGUGACUUACCUGGAUGUCCGGCGCUGUCUGGAGCACCUUGGCUACCUGGGCUACCCCACCCUCUGCAAGCAGGACUCCCAGACCCAUGCCAUCACAGUCACCCGUGACAAGAGGCUGGACCAGGAGAAGGGACAAACGCUCAGGAAUGUCCUUCUGUGCAAGGUGGUGGGGGCGCGUGGCGUGGGCAAGUCCGCCUUCCUGCAGGCGUUCCUUGGCCGUGGCCUAGGGCAUCCGGACACCAGGGAGCUCCACAAGACACCUGCCAUCUAUGCCAUCAACACGGUGCAGGUCAACGGGCAGGAGAAGUACCUGAUACUACGCGAGGUGGAUGCAGACAGCCUGCUGUCCACUGCGUCUGAUGCUGCCUGUGAUGUCGCCUGCUUGAUGUUUGAUGGCAGUGACCCCCAGUCCUUUGCACUCUGCACCAGCAUCUACAAGCGCCAUUACAUGGAUGGGCAGACCCCCUGCCUCUUCGUCUCCUCCAAGGCCGACCUGCCGGAAGGUGUUCCACUGCCUGGGCUGUCUCCAGCUGAGUUCUGCCGCAGGCACCGGCUGCCUGCCCCUGUCCCGUUCUCCUGCGCUGGCCCAGGAGAGCCAGGCACAGCUGUCUUCACUCGGCUUGCCACCAUGGCCACCUUCCCGUGGGUACCUGGUCCAUGGGGAGCUGCACACCACCUCCUUCUGGCUCCGGGUGACACUGGGGGCGUUUGGGGCUGCUGUUGCUGCCAUCCUCAGCUUCUCACUCUACAGGGUCCUGGUGAAGAGCCGAUGAGGCCCUGGUGCCCUGCAUCUGAUCUCGGCCCCAGGGUCCCAGGGUGCUGGUGUUGGGCCACCCACUUGGUGGAGCUGCCCUCUAUCUAAACUUGGCUUCUGAGGAUAGCCUACUCACUGCCCAACCCCAGUGGUGGGCCCCGAGGUCCUGCCAGCCUGUGUCCUGCCCAGCAUCACCCACCUGUGUGGGCGUCACGUUGGAGAGACUGUGGGGUAUAGGUGAGGAAGCCAGUGAUCCUAGAUCUGAAUUCUCAGGGUUCCACCCAUUCCUGGUCCCAGGCAGCCAGUGGGUCUGAGGGGAGUCAGAGGGCAGAGCUUUGGGCCACAGGCAGGGGGUGGGGGCAGGAAGUGACUGGGUCAUUAUGCUGCUCCCCGCUCCGUCAAUGGGAGACUGGUCCAGGGCUGCACUCAUGGAAGAUGUGAGGUUGGGUUUGCUGAUUAAACUUCAGUGUCUUUUCCAUCUU